AAGUAAUUUUCUCUUCAAAAUGUAAACUUUAUUUGUUUUUUGGGGCUGAGACUUGUGAAAUCAGUCUAGUACUUUCAUUUAUAUUUGUGUUUUUAAAAUACAUGGGAGAAUGUGUGACAGUACAGGUACAUUUUUGAAUUAUUAUUUUUACAGUGUAUGUGUAAAUCCUCGUGCAUUCUGUGCUGCUGGUGGCAGGUGUCCACAAUAAAUGUCAGUGAUUCAUUCAGUGAUCAUCCUCCUGCUGUCACUGCUUUCCAGGCAUCUGGUCAGCAGAGCGAACGUGCAGCUUCUGCUUUUUAUUGCUAAAAUUGCGAGUGAAACCUCAGCUGUGCUCGUUUCUCCCCUCCCUAGCUGUGGUUCUGGAUGAGAUUCACGGUUUGUUGCGGGUUUCUUCUCUCAGCUGAUGGUGACGUAGCUGCGCGCCUUUCACCGAGUCCGUCUGUGUGACUUUUAGAAUCGGGGGGCGGAUGGCUGUAGGGCGCAACCAUUUCACACCUCCACGGCGUGAGAAGCAGGCACGGGAUUAAUAUUAAUUACCGGAGGAUGACAGUCCACGGAGGGAACUCGGCUCCGGAUCCCGCUGCUGCUGCUUCUGCGAGAUCCACAAAGUGACGCGCAGGAGACGAGCCGCGGUCAUUCCGACGGUGCGCAAAGUCCGGCGCACAGCGGUGGCAAGUUGAAAAAUAAAAAGCCGAAAAGCCACACAGCUGAGCGCGUUUCUGACCACAACUUGGUGUUACAUCGCAGCAGAAGAAGAGGAGACGGUAGCAGGCGGGGAGGCUUUACGGCAGCCGGAGAUUUUUCCUGCGCAGCGGAGAGGAGAAGAGGAGGAGGAGGAGAGCGCUGAUUCACGGCUUGCAGGAGGAGGGAGAGCCGCCGCGGAGAUCCGUCCGUAGCGAGCCUUUAAAAAUAAUUUUUAAAAAAACCACCCUGACCCCACAGCCUCCCACCCCCCUCCUCCCCCAUCUCCUCCCUCGUCAUUGACAGCGCUGCGACCCGGUCAGUCCGUCAGACGGGGAGGAUCUGGGGAGGAGGGCGCCGAGGCAGCGGAGAGGACGAAAGGCGAAUCACCUCUGGCCGGUUCGAUCCAAAAACGCCGAUACCGAGCGGGGCUGCUGCUGGAGGAGGGGGGGAGACCUGCCUCUCCGUGCAUGAGGACGCUUCUUCCACUGGGGGAUUUGUUUUUGUUAUUUUUAUUUUUCAUUUAUAGGAGCACGUUAGACUGACACGGCGAGGUGAUCUGGAGACGGUCGGCGCGGCGACAACAACGAUAUCAACAAUAAUAACAAUAAAAGGGGGCGGACGGGAGAUAUUUUGCAGCCUCUACAUUUUCGAAAAACUCCCCGGAAUACAAAUCCAGGUGGUGGGUGGAGAAAAGAACAGCCCAGUGCUGGAUCCCAGAGGGACUGUCAGUGUGGUUAGGACCCUUGAGACGAAGGAGGGUGCAUGGAGGGUUCAAGGCCUGUAAAACUAGGGUCGCCAGCCUGCCUCUGGUUGGGGCUGGUCUCCGUGGCUGUAGCCUUCCUUUGCACAGAGGCCCGGACCACUCCGAGCCCUCUGGUCAGCCCCAGCAAUGCCACCUGUAGGGGGAACUCAAAGUGUCACACAGGGAUCAUCCUGCCCAUCUGGUACCCCGAGGAUCCCUCCAUGGGGGACAAGAUUGCAAGGGUCAUUGUAUAUUUCGUGGCAUUGAUCUACAUGUUUCUCGGAGUAUCCAUCAUUGCUGACCGCUUCAUGGCAGCCAUUGAGGUCAUCACUUCCCAAGAGAAGGAGAUCGUCAUCAAAAGGCCCAAUGGGGAAACGACCACCACCACAAUCCGGGUGUGGAAUGAAACGGUCUCCAACCUCACCCUCAUGGCCUUGGGCUCGUCUGCCCCCGAGAUCAUGCUUUCUGUAAUCGAAGUUUGUGGACAUGAAUUCAAAUCCGGCGAGCUCGGGCCCUCCACAAUUGUAGGCAGCGCAGCCUUCAAUAUGUUUGUCAUCAUUGGCCUUUGUGUGUCUGUCAUUCCACAAGGAGAGGUACGCAAGGUCAAGCACCUCAGAGUGUUCUUCAUCACUGCAGGCUGGAGUAUCUUUGCUUACAUCUGGCUCUACAUGAUCCUGGCUGUGUUUUCUCCAAAUGAAGUCCAGGUCUGGGAGGGUCUAGUCACACUGGCCUUCUUCCCGAUAUGUGUAAUCCUUGCCUGGGUGGCAGACAGACGACUGCUCUUCUACAAGUUCAUGCACAAGAAGUAUCGCACUGACAAACACCGGGGUGUCAUCAUUGAGACCGAAGCCGAACGCUCCAAGGGGAUUGAGAUGGACGGCAAGAUGGUCAACUCCCACUUCAUGGAUGGGGGUGCCACCAGCAAUCUGAUCGGUCUGAUGGAGGGCAAAGAGGUGGACGAGUCCCGACGAGACAUGAUCCGCAUCUUGAAGGACCUGAAGCAGAAGCACCCAGAGAAAGAGCUGGAUCAGCUGGUCGAGAUGGCCAACUACUACGCUCUGUCGCACCAGCAAAAGAGCCGUGCCUUCUACCGGAUCCAAGCUACACGCAUGAUGACGGGCGCCGGAAACAUCCUGAAGAAACACGUCGCAGAGCAAGCGAAGAAGAGUGCCAGCGUGCAGGAGGUGCAUGUGGAGGAACCAGAAGAGUAUGUGUCUCGGAUUGCUUUUGAGCCCGCUGUCUAUCAGUGCCUCGAGAACUGUGGCGCCGCCAUUCUGACCAUCACCAGAAAGGGUGGCGACAUAAACAAGACGAUCUACGUGGAUUAUAAGACGGAGGAUGGUUCGGCCAACGCUGGGGCCGACUACGAGUUCACAGAGGGGACGGUGGUGUUCAAACCGGGAGAGAUGAUCAAGGAAAUUAGCAUCGGAAUCAUAGACGACGACAUCUUUGAAGAAGAUGAGCACUUCUUUGUUCGUAUCAAUAAUCUGCGAGUCCUGGAAACUGAGGACGAAGUGCUGUCGCCCAACAGUCUGCCGUAUCCGAAGGCCAUGCUGGGAUUCCCCACUGUGGCCACCGUGACCAUCCUGGACGACGAUCAUUCGGGCAUCUUCACCUUCGAGAGCAACUCGGUCCACAUCAGCGAGAGCAUCGGCAUUAUGGAAGUGAAAGUGCUGAGGACUUCUGGAGCGAGAGGGACGGUCAUUGUGCCUUUUCGCACGAUGGAGGGACUCGCCAAAGGAGGCGGGGAGGACUUCGAAGACACCUACGGCGAGCUGGAGUUCAAAAACGACGAGACCUGCAAACUCAUUCACGUGAAAAUAAUUGACGAUGAGGAGUAUGAGAAAAACAAGAACUUCUUCCUGGAGCUGGCCGAGCCUCGCAUGGUAGACAUGAGUCUGCAGAAAGAUGUACCAGACAGGAAGCUGACAUCAGACGAGGAGGAAGCCAAGCGGAUCGCGGAGAUGGGGAAACCGGUGCUGGGGGAGCACUCCAAGCUGGAAGUCAUUAUUGAGGAAUCGUACGAGUUUAAGAGCACAGUGGACAAGCUGAUCAAGAAGACCAACCUGGCUCUGGUGGUGGGAACCAACUCCUGGAGAGACCAGUUCAUGGAGGCCAUUACAGUCAGUGCAGACGAGGACGAGGAGGACACCGGGGAGGAACGUCUGCCGUCCUGUUUCGACUACGUCAUGCACUUCCUCACCGUUUUCUGGAAGGUCUUGUUCGCUUGUGUCCCUCCCACCGACUACCUGAACGGCUGGGCCUGCUUCGUGGUCUCUAUCAUCAUCAUCGGCCUGCUCACGGCCGUCAUCGGCGACCUGGCGUCCCACUUCGGCUGCACCAUCGGCCUCAAGGACUCGGUCACCGCUGUGGUUUUCGUGGCGCUCGGCACCUCAGUCCCAGACACCUUUGCCAGUAAGGUAGCAGCAGUCCAGGACACCUACGCAGACGCCUCCAUCGGGAAUGUGACCGGCAGCAACGCCGUCAACGUCUUCCUGGGCAUCGGCAUGGCCUGGUCGGUGGCGGCCAUCUACUGGCACAUGAAAGGGAAGCCGUUCGUGGUGGAAGCCGGCUCGCUGGCCUUCUCCGUCACCCUCUUCACCAUCUUCGCCUUCCUGGCCGUCUCGGUGCUGCUUUACCGGCGCCGGGCCCACAUCGGAGGAGAACUAGGCGGGCCCCGGGGACACAGACUGGCCACGUCAGCCUUCUUUUUCAGCCUCUGGUUCCUGUACAUCCUCUUCUCCAGUCUGGAGGCCUACUGUCAUAUAGAGGGCUUCUAAACAGCAGACAGACUCGAGUGAGUCCAGACGUGCAAGGGUUUAAAGUACAACUUCAGAGUGAAUUCUCACUAUGGAAUUUGGGUCAGUCUUGUGUGGUAUGAAAGGACAGGAGAGGUAAACCCGGGGUUUCCCUCGACGCUUCCCUCCCUCUCCCUCACUCUCUCCCUCAACCCCUUCUGUAAGGAUGCUUGGAGGCGUGAAUCCUGCCCUCUAGUGGCCGAACAGGCCCGGCUGAUGUGAAAGCGGCCGAGCUAGUGUGCUUACAGUUGGGAUUGGGUUACCACCAAAGUCCGGAAGACGCCGACGCCAAGAGGUGGUCCCGCAUUCCACUGGAAAGAGGCUGCGGUCUUAUUAAACGGAGAGAGUUGAGUUAAUCAGAGGUCUAUAUUUUUCUCAACAUCUGACAAGAAUGACUUUUUUUAAAAAGUAUUUUGGGGAUAAAAACGCAAAAAAUAAACGAAACAAAAAAAAAUCAGCACACACACACACACACACACACACACACGCAGAAACACAGAAAGAGGAAUCAAAGAACUAUUUUCUGAUCUAUGUUAAGGAAUAGCAUAAAAGAUUCUAUCGAAAAUGGAAAUAUGUUGUUGAGUGACAGUGGGAUGGAUUCAUAGUAUUUAUUUUUAUUUGCAUAGUUUCCUAAGGAGCACUGCAGAGUUCUCAGAAAUCACACAUGAAGAAGAAGAAGAAGAAGAAGACGAGGAGCGACAGUGACAGUUCACACGCUGGCAGACGAAUCACCAUCCAAACAGGAGACGAGGUGAACAUAGUCAAACUGCCCUGAACAUUACUUCCGUACUCUAAACGUAUCUAUAUAUAAUAUAUUUCCAUAUUUUCUGUAUAUUUUGAAUAUUUGUUUAAAUGUGAUCACCUUCUGCUCUAACAGAGGAUUGCUGUGGCUAAGCGGGACGGGAGGGGAGGGGGGGGUUCAAACUAUAUACUGGAACGAUGUCUUCACAUUUCUAAGAGUUACGUAUCUUGCCUAGGUAAAAGUAUGACAUUGUAUUUUAUUUAUUUACUGAUAUCUUGGUCUCACUCGAGUUUUCACCUUUUCAAUCAGAAAUUCGAACAAGAAAAAAGCAAAAAAAAAAAAAAAAAAACAAGAAAAAGAAACAACAAAACAAAUCGUGUUGCUGCAGAGAUAAAUUCAGAGGUAUUUUUGUACUGUUCCUUCCAUGCACUUUGCUGUAUAGUUCUACUUAUGGAGACUUCUACUUGUACAUGUGCAAAAGGCCAAUAUUAAAGGUGUCGCUAUGGACUGAACAGAGUGCCUGUGGAGGGAGAGGCGUUCGCUGCAGCUGCCCACACCCACCAGCUCUUUGCUCUGCUAAAAAUACUCGAGGGUCUCUUCCCUUAAUGGUGCAUAAUUGCUGUUUUUCAUGAAUAACAUUUUCUUUUUUCUUUUUUUCUACAGUAUAGUGAAGUUUUAGUCUUCGCUUAUGUGACCUUUUCUUUCAUUAGUAUUUUUUAUCGACUACAGCGUCUGAUAUUUGAAGCUGAAGUUUUUGUUAGCAUGCUAAAAGUGCAUUAACUUGCAACAUCACAGCUUGAUUUUCUCAAAUUCUCUCUUCUAAAGUAAGUUUCUUUUUCUGCUUUUUAGUUCUAAUCUUUAAUGUCUGAACUAGCCUUGCGGGGCGAAUUGUAAAUUGUCUUUGAAAAGGCUCCUAAAACCAGAAUUUCUAAAUAUACAUCAAUAUUAGAGUGUUUCCUCCCCCGAUUGUUGAUUUAACACCUAAAAAAACUCAUCUAUGUGUUUUGAAGUCACAUAUUUGUAAGUUCUGUAGUUCUUUAGUUUGUUAAAUUAUAUUAAAUGUUGCAUAAAAUAGUUUAGUGAAAAUAUUGGUUUGUGCUCCUUUAAGUAAGUAAUGUCUUUCUUUACAUGACAUUACAGAUGUUCAUUUGUGAUUUAUUUAUCGCUAAAAUGCUACACAUAUCAUUUUACACACUACAUAUAGGGCCUAUAAAAAACUAUUCACCCCCUUGAAAGUUUCCCCAUGCUAUUCAUUUUAAACACUGAAUGAUGGUCAUUUUAAUUUGGCUUUUUGAGAAGAAUUUACAAAGAAAAGACUCUCAUGUCAAAGUGAAAACAGACUUCUACAAAGUCAAUGUCAAUUGAUGAAAAAUCUCACACAUAAAAUAAGUGAUUGCAUAAGAAUUCUCCUCUUGCAAGUUAGUGUUUAGUAGAUUGACCUUUGGUUGCAAUUAUAGCAUUGAGCCUGUGUGGAUAGGUCCUAAUCAGCCGUGCACAUCUGGACACUGCACUUUUACCCCAUUCUUCUUUGCAAAACUCACCCAAGCACUGUUAUUUUGCAUGGCAAUUGUGAAUGAACAAUCCAGGCACAAAUCUCAGUUGGACUGAGGUCUGGGAUCUGACUCAGCCAAAUCCAGAACAUUCACCUUCUUCCAACAAAUCUUCUUCCAAAUCUCAGUUUUCUUGUAGAUUGCUUCAGGUUGUUCUACAGGAUUUUCCUCCACUGCAUUAAUUUUACCCUCUUCUAAGGGAUGCUGCCGAGAAGCAUCCCCACAUAGUCAUGAUGAUGGUGCCACCGCCAUGCAUCACAGUUGGGUUGGUGUGGUUGUGAUGAUGCGCAAACAUGGCGUCUAGUCUAAUGGCUAAAAAAAAAGCUCAAUAUUGGUGUCAUCAGACCAAAGAAUCUUCUUCCAGUUGACUUUAGAAUCUCCCUCAUGUUUUCUGGUAAACUAGUAAAGAUUUAGUGAGGGGUUUUUUUUGUACAGUGGCAUCCUCUCUGCGGCUCUCCCAUAAAGCUUUGACUCCAGAAGAAACCAACCAAGUCUCUCUCAGCCACUGAAGCUUGUUACACCUUCAGAAGAGGCAUAGGUGUCUUGGUGGCCUCUCUCACUAUCUCUUUUUGCACUGAAGGACAGCCUGCUUUAGGCAUGUUUACACAUGUUUCUUCCAUUUCUUAAUAAUGGAUUUAACUGUGCUCCAAGGGAUAUUCAGUGACUUGGAAAUUUUCUUGUUUUUAUCCCCUGACUUAUACUUUUCAAUAACUUCUUUGCAGAAUGAUCUUUAGUCUUUAUGGUGUAGUUGUAUGUGACUGGACCUUCCAGAUACAGGCAUCUUUAUACUAAAAUCACUUUAGACACAUUCACUUCACUCUGUAAUCUCCAUUUCUUUCCAUAACUGACAUUACUUUGUACAAAUCACUUUUCACUUUGACAUUAAAGAGUCUUGUUUUGUAAAUUCUUGUCUACAAAUUGACCAGGACUCAAUGUUGAAAUGCAAAAAAUGGAAAACUUCCAAGGGGAGUGAGUACUUUAAAUAGGUACUUCACUUGUUUUUUUUUCACAAAUAACAAAAACAUGGAUGAGUGCAGCUUUAAGAAAGUUCAAUCUUUCUUUAUUUAACAUAACAGAACUUUAUUUGAUAUUUAUUGAUUGAAGUUAGGAUACAGUUGAAAUACCUAAAAUUGCUCAAAUGCUACACCAAUCAAAUCACAUUUUUACCCAUUUCUUUCAUAAAUAACUCAAAAAAAUGUGGAUUAAUGCAGCUUUAAGUACAACUAUUCUUUACUAGACUUUACAGAAAUGUUUGUCAAUCUCAGAAAUAGUGUUUUUAAUUUUUUUCUUUGUAUGCUUUUAAAAUUUCUGCAUAUUUCACGUUUUUUGUGUGUGUGUUUUCAAACUUUUGCUCAGUUUGUCCUGAAACUCUUGAGUGCAGCAGCAUGGUGGAGAGCUGCCGGUGUGGGUUGGAGAGCAGCAGGUAGCUCCAGGUUGAAUUUGAAAGUAGGCUGUUAUUGAUUCUGAAUGCUGUUUAAACACAUGACUGGUGCUUUUGUUUUUAAAAUGAGAGUUUAAAAAGAAGAGGAAAAAAAACUCCCGAGAGCGGCAGAAAAACAUGUUUAUGACUUAAUUUGCAUAAAGUGUGGUACGUAAUUGGUCAGUUCUUGGCUAAAAAUUUAAAAGUCACCCAAGAGAUUAACCAAAGAGGUGGGAUGCAACAUAAUAAAUAAAAAUAAGAAGAAAUGGAAGAAAAUUACAAAAAAAAAUGGCAGUGACACUGUAUUUCCACAAGGGGGAUGUCAAUCUCCAGUCCCUGUGGUCGUCCCUCCUUCUUAGCACUCCUCUUCCUCCUCCUCCUCCUCCUCCUCCUCCUCAGUGUUCUUCCUUUGUGGUGAGCAGUGUUGUAAAUAUGUCUUCGUGGCUGAUUCGGAUGCUCUUAUUCCCGGCCCUGGACCACACCUGCUCACCCCACGAUUCUCUCUCUCACACAUAUGAAAACACAUCCAGAGUAGAGCGAUGGGUCCACUACUGCUGCACAAAGACGGAAGGGGGCUGAACCGUCCCAUUCAGAGCCGGCAACACAGAAACCCACAUGAUGUACAUAAUCUUCAGUGUAUGUUUACAUAGACACAGCUAUGGGUGUCCUGUUUUUUUUUUUGGGGGGGGGGGACAAGCAUGAUCACAUCUCAUCUACAGGUUAUUCUGCAGUCGCUUCAUCUAAGCCAGUGGAAGUGUGGAGUCAAUUUUCUGAGUCACUCUGGCUUGUUUUUGUUCCCUUUAUUCUUUUUCUCUUUGUUAAAAUCCUGCAGGUGUUUUGUUUUUUUUCAGCAGGUAUCCAUGAACACGAGGAAGUGCCGGUGUUCUGAAGUUUAUCUCUGCCUUCAGUGGCUAUUUAUCUUCUUUAUUUGGUUGUAUUCUUGAGGUUUUUUUAAAAAAAAAUCUGCCGGGAUGUGCUGAAAUGAGCAGAAAAACGUUGGCCGAGUGUGUGUGUGUUUGCCGUGCAUGUUGCCGUGCCGAAGCCGAGGCGUCUUGGCACUUGUGUGUUGCACAGGCUGCUGUUGUUGUUCACGAGGGCACGACUCGAAAAUUGGUUCUGUCAUUUUGUCUUAAAAAUACAUGUCUUAAUUCUGUAUUUUAAAAAAGAAAACGAUUUUAAAAAAGAAUUCUAUAUAUAUAUAUUUAUCAUACACAUCACUUCUCAAGGCACCAGUCGAUUAUUUGUGUUUCUUCUUCUCAGCCUGUGGGAUGGAAGUGAAAUAUCACCGUGCAGUAACUGGACUUGUGGUCGAUGAUGUUUGUGAGACACUGAGGGAAAGUUUCAUUGAUGAGGUGAAUACUGUUCUUUCAACUUUGUUUUUCAUUGUCUUUUCUUUUUUUGUGUAAAGGAGAAGGGGGAAAAAAAGAGGGGGGGCACAUCUUAAUGGAUGGGUUUGUUUUUUUUCCUGGCCUGCAAUGAGAUGUCAAAAAUAAAAAAGCAAAUUUCCAAAGCUGACGGUGUUUUGAGAUCAACCAGUUUUUGUUCUUUUACUGUUCUAAAUAAAAAUGGCUUUCUGAUUCACAAGCGA